GAGAUACAGCGAUAUGAGCGAGCAGUUGAAAAGGGAUUUCGAGGUUCUUGAAGAAAUCGGCCGCGGCCGCUUUGGCAGAGUUUUCCGGUGUGUUUCGCCGGAUUCCGGCCAAAUCUUCGCCGUGAAAUCCAUCGAUAAGGGCCUCCUUGAAGACCCUAUCGAUCGAGAGUGCAUCGAGAAUGAGGCGAAACUGUUGCAGAUAGUCGGAAAUCACCCUAAUGUUAUUCUGUUGCAGGCGGUUUAUGAGGAUGAGAGCUUCUUGCACCUGGUGAUGGAGAUCUGUCUAGGUCAAGAUCUAUAUGAUAAAGUGGCUGAUCACCCUGUUUCUGAGCAGGAAGCGGCGGGAAUUAUGGCUCAGUUAAUGGAGGCGGUGGCUCACUGUCAUAGCAGAGGCGUGGCGCAUCGUGAUAUCAAGCCUGAGAAUGUGCUCUUUGAUGGCCGUAGUCGGCUCAAACUCGCCGAUUUUGGCUCGGCCGAUUGCUUCUAUGGCGGAUCCAUGAGAGGAGUGGUUGGAACUCCUUAUUAUGUAGCCCCUGAGGUUCUUUUAGGGCUCGAUUAUGGCGAGAAAGUUGACAUUUGGAGUUGUGGCGUUGUUCUCUAUGUCCUUUUGGGAGGAGAGCCUCCAUUCUCUGGUGAAUCGCCUGCCGAUAUUUUUGCUGCGGUUUUGAGGGGAAAUCUGAGGUUUCCUUUCAGAAAAUUCGUAGGGAUUUCAACAUCGGCUAAGGAUUUGAUGAGGAGGAUGCUUUGCAAGGAUCCUGCAAAGAGAUACACUGCUGAACAAGUUCUGAGGCACCCAUGGAUUACCAGUGGCGGAGAGCAAAGAACCAUGGUGGACAUGACCUAAAACUACAAUACAGAAAAGCUCGUCUCUUCCUUCCUAUACAUGCAUACCAUCCGUAUGUACGGCUGUACAGUCGCAUCCCUGUCUCAACGUACAAAUUCCUCAAAACUGAAAGCCCUGUAUACACCUUCCCCUUCUGUCCCUUUCUAUGUCAAAAGCAUGAAAAGAGAGUUUUAGAGAGAGAAAAUCCUAGAGAUAGAGGAGUACAAAACCUUACUUGGCUUUCCUUCUCAAAGAAGUGAGUUUUUAGAGAGAGGGAGUUCACAGCCCUGUCUUGACUUCCUCCUCAAGAAGAAGAAGGUUUAGAGAGAGAGUUUAAGAACGGGAGAGUUCUAGAGCGAGGGGUACACAGUCCCGGCUUGCCUAAGAGUCUUGUGAAUAUAUACAGUAUACUGUUGAGCUUGUUUAUCGUACUCCCGAAGUCUACGGCUUUUAUUCCUGUUUUUACCGCUUUUUUCUCCGCUCUUUUGGGGCUUCCUCUCUAGAAAGGGUAUAUGCUUUUGGAAUUUGGAGAUACUUUGGUAGUGCUAAAUGACUAAUGUACCCCUGGGUCUUUGUUGUUAUUGUUGUUUUUGGGAAGACGAAACUGACUUGGGGGUCUUGUGGUCU